AUGAAGUACUCCAGUAUCCUACUCAUGAUUAUGGCUAUCUUUCUGGUUCAAGCAAAUGGACAAGGAGCCCUUACCAAGUGUCAAGCAGAACGCCAGCAAGCACUCAAUCUUCAUGUGAUUGGCAAUUACAUCCCACAAUGUCAGUCCAACGGAAGCUACAGUCCAAGACAAUGUUAUGGAUCUACAGGUUACUGCGUUUGUGUUAACACAAGCACCGGUGAAGCCAUCUCAGAGCCCGUAGGACCUACAGAAGAUCCCGGUAAAUUGCCUUGUUAA